AUGGCCAUUUCUAAGAAGGAAAAGAAAAUGGAAGUUUACGAGAACUUGGAGAAGAUUGAGCAAUUGGAGAAGGAACUUAUGCCAGUGCAGGACGAGGCUGUCGCAUGUGAAAUUAUUAAAAAGCUCCUGUUUGUUAAAAAGCAAGGAAGUAUAAACGUGAAGAAAGCAUCAGCGGGUGAUAAAUACGGAAGAAACGUGCUUCAUGUCGCAGCUUUCCUUGGACGGAAAGAGCUUUGUCGUUUUCUUUUAGAUCUCGACAGAAAUAUGAUAGAUAGCAAGGAUCGUGAUGGACAGACUGCUAUAUAUUAUGCAGUAGCUGGACCUCAUGACGAACCCUCUGUUCUAGGCGAGUUCAUUUCAAGGAAACAGCGUAGAAAUCAAGCUUUCGUCAAAGAUUUCAGCCAAACAACCCCUUUGCACGUGGCUGCUGCCAGAGGCAACAUAAAAAUGGUGGAUAAGCUUCUUUCAGAGAUUUCAGCACAAGAGUGUAAUGAUUAUGUUGAGGCAGCAGACGUGCUGGGUCAAACAGCACUGCACAAAGCAGCAAGUGGAGGCCACGGGGAAAUUGUCAAAAAGCUUCUCGCAAGUGGAGCUCAUCCAUUAAAACAACGUGAUUGUGAUGGCAAAACAGCUGUGCAUUUUGCGGCUCAAUCAGAUGGUGAAGAUUCCGUGACAAUAGCCAAGUUACUUUUGGACAAAUGUGAAUCUGAUAAACAGAAAAGCCUGCUUUUGUUUGCUUCUGCAGUCGGAAUUGGUUUACGCUCCAAUUCCUCGCUUGAGAAAUAUCUUGAAGAGGAAAAACGUGAAAUAUUGGAAAAAUCAGGGGAGGAGAAUUUGCUUAGAGUAGCGGCAACUUUAGGCGACAUAGAUAUGACACGGGAGUUCAUCACCAGGGGUGCAAAUAUUGCAACCAUUCGCAAUGAGAAAUGGAUACACACUCUCCCAGAAGACGAAAAAGAAAAAGUCCGAGAUGUUCUCAAGCAGAUCGACAAUAUUGUUGAACAAGGGACCGACAAACCGGCUCUGCGGGAUGAUCUUGGACGAACUCCCUUUGCCAUCGGUCUGGCUGCAUUAUUUUUGAAUCCUUAUGUGAAAUCUCCUGUUACUGUGGGAAUCUCAGGAGAAUGGGGAAUGGGAAAGUCCAGCGUUAUGGUUCAGACAGAGAGCAUUCUUCUAAAGACAGCAGCAGAGUUGGCAUUCCCAAAUUCAUUUAAAAAAGAAAAAUUUCCAGGAGCAAGCGAAUCCAAAUUAUCUGUAACUGGGCAAGCCAGGCGUAGGAAAAUAGCAAAUGCAAUAGAUGCUGAAAGGGGUGAUGGCCCUAAAAUUAUUGACAGCAUUGGAAUGUCUAUUAAACAAGUAAAGAACUUCACAGCAAAGGCGACAGAACCCCGCAAUUGCUCUAGAUUGCACAAAUUUUGGAAUGCACUCCUAACUAUAUGGAAUGAAUCUGCACCGCCUGAAGAUUUCGACAAGUAUAAUGACUUUUUAGAAAAUUAUCAGCCUAAAUUUCCUCAAAUUUUCAAGUCCGUGGCAAUCAUGGACCGGCGUGAUAUGUUUGAAGAAGAGGAAGAAAGUGGAUCUGGAAAUCAAAGAGUCGGUGAAACGCCAUGGGAGGAAAACUCGUUGCAGGGGACUACACCUUCUAUUUUGACUGUACAAUACAAUGCCUGGCAUUACAGGAAUGAAACCGAGGCAUGGGCGGGUCUAGCAGUUGAAAUCACAAAAGAAUUGGAAGCAACGAUGACGGUGGCGCACAAGCUGAGGACUAGCUGGACAUAUAAUUGGAGAAACCGCAAAAACAGCAUCUGUUUUGGAGUGAUCCUCCCAUUCUUUCUUGCACUAAUGGUGGCCAUCUGGUUCAGUACCAUUGUAUGGUUUCUACUUGAUACAUCCCAACGCAAAGAUCUAAAGAAAUUUAAGUAUGGAGGUCUACCAGCAUCGAUGAUUGUAGCUGCUUGGGGUGUAGGGAAGUCCGUUAUCUCUUUUGUUAAACCAAUUAGUUCACAGGUCGUGGACUACAUAUGUCUGCCAGACCACAGCCAAAAGCUUGGUUAUCAUCAGAAGGUUAUUGAUGAUAUCAAUUUUUUGAAAGACCAACUCUGUUAUAAACCCUCCUGGAAGUGGGAGGUGUUUGCUUUUAUAUGGUGCUGCAUUACAUGGAGUUGGGAUGAGAACUAUGUCCCAGGAACCAAGAUUCCAAAGAUGCCUCCUGCUUCCAGAAAUAAUCUUAGGAUAAUAGUCUUCGUUGAUGAUCUCGAUCGUUGCGAAGAAAAUGUGAUUCUGCAGGUAUUAUCGGCAGUGAAUCUGGUUUUGGCCACUUGCGAGAUCAAUGUUAUUUUGAGCAUGGAAAAGAGCAUGAUCCAAAGGGCAAUUAUAAUAAAGUACGGGAAUAACAAUAGCAAUGCCAAUAAUAAGUCAAAUGAGGAAUUAGCAGACAAUUAUUUAAGGAAGAUAGUUCAACUGCCGCUACACUUAUCUGACCCUAGUGACUCAGAGUCCAGAGACUUUUUGCAAAGCCAACUAGGUAGAAAACGGUCUACCGAUCCAGCAGCAGAGAAAGAAAAAUGCACUUCUUAUGGGCGUAGAAAAGCCAAUCCAAAGUUCCAAAUAGGAACUUCGGAUGCUAAUAAACCUAAACUAGGUAGAGGAGAAACAAAGAAAGAAUCUGGAGCCAAGCAACAAAGAGCCCUCAGUAUUUCAGACACAGAACAGCAAGGAUCAGGAAAAACGGAAGAGCAAGAAACAAUUAAGAAACCAGAAGGCUCGGGAGUUGCAGACGCAACGUUUGAGAUAGAUGAACAACCAACAAAAAUUGAGAAAGCAGGUAGAGGAGAAACAAAGAAAGAUUUGCCAGAAUCUGGAGCCAAACAACAAACAACCGUCAGCAUUUUAGGUGAAAAUAUUCCAGAUACAUUCCUUUUAAUAAGCUGA